AUGGCUUCUGAAAGAUUGCAUCUGAUCUUAUUGGUCUUCUUUAAUCAUCUGACUUUCUUGUUAAGUCAACAAGAAGAAGCCGGUUUCAUCUACAAUGGCUUUGGCCAAGCUCAAGCUGGUCUUCAUCUAGACGGAGCUGCUAAAAUCCUCUUUCCAGAUGGAUUGUUGCAGUUGACAAAUGCCUCAACACAACAAAUGGGUCAUGCUUUCUUCAAGAAACCAUUCAAGUUUGAUUCAUAUGAGAAGAAACUCUCUUUUUCGACUCAUUUUGUGUGUGCGCUUGUGCCUAAACCGGGAGCUGAUGGUGGCCAUGGAAUUGCCUUUGUUGUAUCCUCUUCCAUAGAUUUCACACAAGCAGAUCCAACUCAGUACUUGGGACUUUUAAACAUCUCAACAAAUGGAUCUCCAUCUUCUCAGCUUCUAGCUAUUGAGCUCGAUACUGUUGAGAGCGCAGAGUUUGAUGAUAUCGACAAGAAUCAUGUCGGUAUAGACAUCAAAAGCCUGAAUUCUGUAGAGUCUGCUUCAGCUUCAUACUUUUCAAACGCCAAAGGGAAGAAUCAAAGCAUCAAGCUCUUAAGUGGAGACCCUAUACAAAUCUGGGUGGAUUAUGAAGGAGCUUUACUCAAUGUCACAGUGGCUCCUCUAAGUAUCCAGAAACCAAACCAUCCUCUUCUGUCAAGAUCCAUUAAUCUCACUGACAUCUUCCCGGAUCGAAAGCUGUUUUUUGGAUUUUCUGCAGCAACAGGAACAUUAGUCAGUUACCAAUAUAUCUUAGGAUGGAGUUUCAGCAGAAGCAGAAUGUUGUUGCAGAGUCUGGACUUCUCAAAACUUCCUCAGAUUCCUCAUCCAAAAGCCAAACAGGAGCAAACAUCUCCACUGCUUAUCGUUCUACUCAUGUUACUAGUACUCAUAAUGUUGGCUGUUCUUGGAGGAAUUUACUUAUACAGGAGAAAGAAGUAUGCAGAAGUUAGAGAAGUAUGGGAAAAAGAAUACAGUCCACACCGGUUUUCUUAUAAAUCUCUAUACAAAGCAACAAACAGGUUUGAUAAAGACGGCCGUUUAGGAAAAGGCGGUUUUGGAGAAGUCUACAGAGGAAAUCUGCCUCACGUUGGAGAUAUAGCGGUAAAAAGAGUGUGCCACGAUGCAAAGCAAGGCAUGAAACAGUUUGUUGCUGAAGUAGUGACUAUGGGAAGUUUAAAGCACCGGAAUUUGGUUCCUCUUCUCGGGUACUGCAGGAGGAAAGGAGAGCUUCUUCUGGUUUCUGAGUAUAUGUCUAAUGGCAGUCUUGAUCAAUACUUGUUUCACAGAGAAAAACCGGCUCUUUCAUGGUCUCAAAGGCUUGUCAUUUUGAAAGAUAUCGCUUCUGCUCUCAGUUACUUACACACAGGAGCUAACCAAGUUGUGUUACACAGAGAUAUAAAAGCUUCUAAUGUCAUGUUAGAUUCUGAAUUCAAUGGAAGGUUAGGAGAUUUUGGAAUGGCGAGGUUUGAAGAUUAUGGAGAUAGCGUACCGGUAACAGCAGCUGUAGGCACAAUGGGUUACAUGGCACCUGAGCUAACAACAAUGGGAACUUCUACAAGAACAGAUGUUUAUGCAUUUGGUGUACUCAUGCUCGAAGUAACUUGUGGAAGAAGACCGUUGGAUCCCAAGAUUCCAUCUGAGAAACGGCAUUUGAUCAAAUGGGUUUGUGAUUGCUGGAGAAGGGACUCUAUAGUUGAUGCUAUUGAUACAAGAUUGGGAGGUCAAUACUCGGUAGAAGAAACCGUAAUGGUUCUGAAACUCGGAUUGAUCUGCACAAACAUUGUUGCAGAAUCCAGACCAACCAUGGAGCAAGUGAUACAAUACAUCAACCAGAAUCUCCCAUUGCCAAAUUUCUCACCAGGUUCUCUAGGAAUUGGAGUUUCUACUCCUGUUUUGUUGGAAUCAGUCUUCAAUUCAAGAAGCUCGUUAGCACCAUCAAUCUCUCCUCCUUCUUCCCAUAACUCCAUGUUUGUUACUCAUACAAUCACAUACGGAGAUGGGAGGUGA